AUGCUCUGGCCCGCGUGGGUCUACUGCACGCGCUACUCGGACCGGCCUUCUUCAGGCCCCAGGUCUCGAAAACCAAAGAAGAAGAACCCCAACAAAGAGGACAAGCGGCCACGCACAGCCUUCACCGCGGAGCAGCUGCAGAGGCUCAAGGCCGAGUUCCAGACCAACAGGUACCUGACUGAGCAGCGGCGCCAGAGCCUCGCCCAGGAGCUGGGCCUCAAUGAGUCGCAGAUCAAGAUCUGGUUCCAGAACAAGCGCGCCAAGAUCAAGAAGGCCACGGGCAGCAAGAACACGCUGGCGGUGCACCUGAUGGCGCAGGGCCUGUACAACCACUCCACCGCGGCCAAGGAGGGCAAGUCGGACAGCGAGUAGCCCCGUCUUCUCCCUGCGCGUCUCUGUGCGCGCGCAACAAUGCAAUAACUUAAAGUUAUCAAAAGGGCAAGUGUACAAAGUUAUACCAGCAUUCCUAGUGAAAAGAUCGUGUGUUAGCUAUGGUUCUGCAAUAUUCUAUGUGUAUAUAAUUUACAGGUGAUGUAAAAUCCAAAAUGUCUGACUAUAAAAUAUUUUUUUUUAUUUUUGUGUGUUUAUGAGAUUAUGCUAAUUUUAUGAUUUUAUUUUUUUUCGAAAGGGGGCUGCUUAGGGUUUCAUCUUUUUUUUUUUUAAUCCCCUAAGUUCCAUAUGGGACAUGGGACGCUUUUUUAAUUUCAAAAGAAGAAAAAUUAAAACAACUUGCUGAAGUCCAAAGAUUUUUAUUGCUGCAUUUCACACAACUGUGAACCGAAUAAAUAGCUCCUACUUGGUCUAUGAGUUCUGCCACUUUGUAUGGUCGUGCCAUGGGCAACAGGAGGGGCCGCUCCCGCCUCAGCCUGGCCUGGCAGGGCCCUGGUGGGGAUGGGGCUGCAGGGUCCUUGGAAGAGCAGGGCCCUCUCGGGGGAGAGUGGCCAUGCCUAUUGCCAGGGCCUGUGCUAGGCAGGGGCCCACAGUGGUUCUCAGCUCACCACACGCAGCUCCAUCCCUCCUCCGGCCUUCUCUCCCGCCUGCCUCCCACACCAGGCCCCUGAGUGCUAGUCUGCAUCUGUAUUUGUGUUGCUGUCCCCUGUCCCUCCGCCCACAGCUAGCGCCAACUCUGCGGCCUCAGCGCCAGGGCUUCGAGCAGAGGGGUGACCCUCCUCCCUCCAGCCCAGGCUCCGGCCUCUCCUGCUGCUCCUCCCGCCCCUCAGAAGCCUGUCAGGCCCCAGAAGUGGCGGAGGUCCGUCACCGCCAGGCAGGUAGAAGGCUCCUGACAGAGGUGGCCUCUCCUUGCUUUUUUUUUUUUUUCUGUUUUGUGCCCUUCCUUUUUUUGUAAGUCGUCACUUCUGCUACAGAGAGCAUUCGAGGUGUGUACAUAUGUAUGUAGGUGUGUACACACGGACAGGUGUAUGCGAGCCCCCCGUCUGGGACACAUGGCUACCUUGACUUUUAAAGGUUCUCUGAGUCCUCAGGGAUCCAGAGGAAGGACAACGUGUAAAUAACGAUUUCUUAUCACGUCUGUCUUUUGUUUUUAAAUAUACAUUUUAUUUUUUGAAGGUGUGGUACAGUGUAAAUUAAAUAUAUUCCAUAUAUCCUCACCAAGUACAUAUAUAUAUAUAAACAAACACAUUACCUUUCUAUAUAACGCCACACUGUCUUCUGUUUAGUGCACAGAAAAGAACCACGUCCAAGCGGUCCCACAGCCGGGACGCGGGGCCUUGCGGGCCCUGAGGACGGAGGGUGACUUUCUCUCUUUGCCUUAAACCUCUUUAUUUUACGUUGACAACACUUUCACUCUGUACAUAGUAGCGUAAACCUUUUUCAAAAGGAACUAUAAAAUCAAAAAGUUGUAAUUUAACAUUCUGUGAAUAACCAUCUGCUGCUUAGGAAACGCAAUGAAAUGAAUGAUAUGCCUUUUUUGCAGGAAGCAAAGUUUUUCUUUUUUUUUUAGUUUGUAAAAUGUGCAUUUUACAGUUCCAGUAUCAAAUAUUUAUAAUCUUAUGAGAAAUGAAUGUUUCUGAAUGUUUCUAUCUCCAACUGUGGUUAUCAAAAUUGUGAACAUUCCCUCUGCAUUUUUGUGUGUUUAAAAUCUUGAAAGCUACAUUAAAUAAAAAUAACCCCAAUUUAUUGUAAAA